GUGAGUCUAGUGGCGGCAGUGACUAUGCGUGCUGUUUCUAAUUGAAGAUUUUCUAAUAAUUCAGAUUGAGCUUGAGUAAGGUAGUCCCAUUAGAUAUCGCCAUAGUCUAAUAUAGGUCGAAUAAGAGUGUAGUACAUAGUUUGGAGACUAUACCUGUCCAAAGAGAAUUUAAAUUUACGUAAUAUAUUUAUUUUAGGUGAAAUCUUAGAUAUCAAAUAACUGAUGUGUUCAUUUCAAUGACCAUUUCCAGAGAGAAAAAUACCUAAAUGCUUGUGUGUAGUAACUUCAGAGAUGUUAGUAUUGUUUUUGCUGUGGGAUCAUCCUUUUUCAGGAAACCCCCAUGAAUGGUUUACUUACUUUCUUGCCAGCCUUUAUGGUAUAUAUUCAUUUUUCUUCCUAUUUUCAAUUACAGGUACAUUGUAAGUAGUGUGAUGUGUAUCUGGUACUUGUUAUCGAGAUAUCCCAGUGAAAUGUUUUAGUUUUGAUACCUGUGGUAUUCAUUUUGUUUCGCUGAGUCAUGCAGAAAACAUUAUGAAACGAUAAAUAAACUGAAGUAAAUACAACCAGGCACAUUGUUGCAGUCUCUGUGCAAAAUUGGGUUAAUGUCAGACACAACAACGCCGUCAUGAAAGAUUUACGGUAGCUGGUUUAUUUGCACGCUUCCAAACGUACUAAAGUAGGAUAGCAACACUGUGUUGUUAUUGAUUGUUUGUCAUAAACAAUACAAACCACUGUUUGGGUUGUUAAUCAGUGCGAUUUUUAUUGAAUUGUUUAUCACAAAACCGCACAUUUUAUACAAAGAUUACAUAUGUUUUAGCUUUGUGAUACCUGUGUUAUGUCUAAAUUCAGCCGGUAGAGACGAUGCAGGUUGGAAACAUGGAGCCGGAGACAGCCGCCACCAGAACCUCGGUGUACAACCCCCCAGAUGGAGGCUGGCGUUCCUGGAUGAUUGUCCUGGCAUGCUUCAUCCUCAAUAUGUGCAAUACUGUAGUGCAAGGAUUGAUAUUUUUGUCGGAUGACUUCAACAAAGAAUUCGGUAAAGACAUCCUAGAAGCAUUCCUUGCUGUAAAAGAAUUAGGAGUUGUGGUGGCCGCCAUCUUGAUGGUGUUGUUUGGUUACCGCGUGGUCGGAAUCGCUGGCUGUAUAAUGUACGCCGUAGGGCUGUUUGUGGCGUCCUUGCUAGAAAGAGACAUGUUUCCUAUUAUUUCCGUUCUUGUAGGAGGACUGGCAGCUAUGGGAUCAUCCUUCCUCCUGCUCACAGCAAUUGUUCCCCCUCUGGAAUAUUUUGCGACAAAGAGAAUCCGCGCCAUUGGAAUAGUUAGAGUCGGAGAGGUCAUUGGUGUCAUUAUAUUUGUCCUUGGAAACCUUUCAACCCCGUCGACUUUCGGAAAAUGGCGACACAAUUUCAGGUAUACGCUAAUCCCGGUAGGUAUCGCUACCGUAUGCUGUGCCUUUCUUAAGCCUCUCGAAUUGAACAGUGGAAGAAGGAACUGUGUUGGUUAUGUGCCAGGGCUUGUGGAUUGGAAGCUGUUCAAGGACCUUGUGUUGUACUUACUUCUCGUCAUCGUCUUCCUAGACCAGUUUGGGAAGCCAUUGGCAACAAAUCAAUACAAUGAGUUACUUGCCAAUGUGAAAAUUGAAGAUAUUGAAGAUAUUGUUACGACGACACUAGCCACUUUGGCUCUUAACCUUGGCGAACUUGCUGGCCUGUUUCUGAUGAUUUGCUGCUGCUGCUGCUGGAAGGAACGGGAAAUAGGAACCGUACUCAUUAUCGUUGGUUCGCUCAACAUUGUAGCAGGAGUACUGUUCUGUAUCGCUCCGUCACUCAAUGCAUUAGCACUGGUAGCAGCAUUCGGAGCAUUGUUUGGUAUCAGCAAAGGAGUAUUCAACUCGCUGCUAGACAACACAAUACCGGAUGCGUUUGGUAAAGGUCACGUCCGUAUCGUGGAGGGAUUAUUCGGAUUCAUUGCUGGGAUCGCUGAAUUAGUUAUAGAUUCUGCAGAAGGGGGUAUCUUGCAUAAGCAUAAUUGGAGGGGCUCCUUCUACAUUGGGGGAGGACUGGUCAUCGCCUCGGGUAUAGGAGCCUUCUUGACACGAUUUAAAAAGCCGAAGAACUAUAGAUAGAUUGUGUGUCAUGUCUGACAAAAUAAAUGAUCGGAAGUGUUAGAUGCCUGUUUAUAGAAUUUUAUGAACAUGGAGAAGAUGACAUGAUAAAAUCUAGAAUACUGAUUGGAUACCCACAUGACUAUACCAGGUAUAAAAUAUAUUCUGCCUGUCAAUAGAGUUUUCCGUGGUACGUUGUAUAAUAUACUAAGUACAUAAUUACCUUCUGUCGAGGGCUACUUAGACUCCUUUCGUUACCAUAUGUAUAACUCAAUAAUGCUUACAUUUCAAGCUAUUUUUUCACUUUAGUGACUUAAGUUACAUACUCAUUUUAAAAAUAAAGUAUAUAUACCAAUAUUAUAUUUAGGAUGUAGCUGAUGUAUUAACAUUUAUUCUUAUCGGAAUAGGUUUUUUGUGUGUUUUUUUUAUAUAUAUUUGAUGAAAUUUCUGAUUUGCUUAUAGUUCAGGAGAGUUCACGUAGACUGUAGAAUUUCCUCAUAUUCCAUUCAUAGUAGAAGAACAGUAUAUCUUCAUUUAAUCUGAUGGUUGACGCAUUAUACGAAUAAUUAUACGAGAAGUAUUUAUUUUAUUUUUAUUUAUUUUUUAUUGACUUUUUUCAUUUCAUAGACAUAUACAUAUUAGA